GGGGCCUGUGCAUCGCCCAGUCCAUCAAGAUCCCGCGGGAGCCGCGCCCGGGGGAGUUCGGCAAAGUCAUCGGGCGCCUGAUGGAGACGUCGACGGCGCGCGGGGUCGUGAUCUUCGCCAACGAGGACGACAUCCGGCGUGUGCUGGAGGCAGCGACCCUGGCCAACCUCUCGGGCCACUUCUCCUGGGUGGGCUCGGACAGCUGGGGGGCCAAGAUGGCACCGGUGGCCGGGCUGGAGGAGGUGGCUCUGGGCGCCAUCACCAUCCUCCCCAACCGCGCCUCCGUGCCCGGCUUUGACGAGUACUUCACCUCCCGCUCCCUGGAGAACAACCGCCGCAACCUCUGGUUCCACGAGUUCUGGGAGGAGGAUUUCAACUGCCGCCUGCCCCACGGCGAGACCCACGGCGAGACCCCCGGCGGGCCCGGCCCCGCGCCCCGCAAGUGCACAGGGCGGGAGCGGAUCGGCCGGGACUCGCCCUACGAGCAGGAGGGGAAGGUGCAGUUUGUGAUCGACGCGGUGCUGGCCAUGGCCCACGGGCUGCACAACCUCCUGGGGGAGGCCUGCCCGGGCGGGGGGCUCUGCCCCACCAUGGACCCCCCCGACGGCCGCCCCCUUCUCCAGCACAUCCGUCGGGUUGCCUUCAACGGCAGCGCAGGAACACCAGUGUCCUUCAACGAGAACGGGGACGCCCCGGGACGCUACGACAUCUUCCAGUUCCAGGGGGGCAACGGCACCGGCGCGUACCGGGCCGUGGGGCAGUGGGUGCAGGGCUUGCACCUGCAGGUGCGUUCCUACUGCAACCGCACCUCCUGCCGCCCCACCCCCAUCCUGCGCCUGCGCUGGGGGGACCCCUGGGCCGCCGUCCCCUUGGCCGUGGCCACCACGGGCUUGCUGGUCACGGCCUUCAUCUUGGGGACCUUCGUCAAGCACCACGAGACCCCCAUCGUGAAGGCCUCGGGGCGGGAGCUGAGCUACGUCCUGCUGGCCGGCAUCGCCCUGGUCUACAUCAUCACCUUCAUCAUGGUGGCCGAGCCCGGCGUCGGGGUCUGCGCCCUCAGGAGGCUCUUCCUGGGGCUGGGGAUGAGCCUCACCUACGCCGCGCUGCUCACCAAGACCAACCGCAUCUACAGGAUCUUCGAGCAGGGCAAACGCUCAGUGACCCCACCCCGGUUCAUCAGCCCCACCUCCCAGCUCGUCAUCACCUUCUCCUUGAGUGGCCUCCAGCUCUUGGCCGCCGCGCUCUGGCUCAUCCUCCGCCCCCCCCACGCCCUCAUCGACUACGAGAUGGGCAGGACCCCCGACCCCGAGGACGCCCGGGGUGUCCUCAGGUGUGACAUGGCCGAGGGUGGCACCUUGGCCUGCUUGGCCUACGCCCUCCUCCUCAUGUUGACCUGCACCGUCUACGCCGUCAAAGCCCGGGGGGUCCCCGAGACCUUCAACGAGGCCAAACCCAUCGGGUUUGCCAUGUACACAACCUGUGUGGUCUGGUUGGCCUUCGGGCCCAUCUUCUUUGGAGCUGCCCAAUCGGCUGAGAGGGUGCACAUGCAGACGGCAACACUCACGGUCUCCAUGAGCCUCUCGGCCUCCGUCCCCCUCGGCCUCCUCUAC